CAAGCCAGAAGGAGAAGCAGCUCCCAGGCAGAUCAGGUGGGGGAAGCAGGGCUCUGUUGAGUGCAUGGGCAGGGAGCUUUCUCCUCCUUCUGAGACAUCGCACCUGGGGCUGGCACCUCGCUGGGCCAGAGAGACACCUGCAUCCCAGGCCACCUCUAAGAGUCCGUGAUGGGAAAACACAACAGUAAGCUGGCCCCCGAGAUGCUGGAUGACCUGGUGAGAAGCACAGAGUUCAGUGAGCAAGAGUUAAAGCAGUGGUACAAAGGCUUCCUGAAGGACUGUCCCACCGGCAUCCUCAACCUGGAUGAAUUCCAGCAGCUCUACAUCAAGUUUUUCCCAUAUGGAGAUGCUUCCAAGUUUGCCCAGCACGCCUUCCGCACGUUUGAUAAGAACGGUGAUGGGACGAUCGACUUCCGGGAGUUCAUCUGUGCCCUGUCCGUCACCUCCAGGGGAAGCUUUGAGCAGAAGCUGAACUGGGCCUUUGAGAUGUACGACCUAGAUGGAGAUGGGAAGAUAACCCGCUUGGAAAUGCUAGAAAUAAUUGAGGCCAUUUACAAGAUGGUGGGGACGGUCAUCAUGAUGAGAAUGAACCAGGAUGGGCUGACGCCCCAGCAGCGGGUUGACAAGAUCUUCACCAAGAUGGACAAGGACAAGGAUGACCAGAUCACCCUGGAGGAGUUCAAAGAAGCUGCCAAGAGUGACCCCUCUAUUGUCCUCCUCCUGCAGUGUGACAUGCAGAAAUAGAGGUUUCCCCGCAGACUCCAGCUGGACUGCCCGAGGCCGCGUGCGCCAGCAUACCGGUUACCGCCCUCCCUGCCACCUUGCACCCAGCCCCUGCUUCCCAGAGCUGUGCAUUCAGCUGCCUGGGGCAGAGUUCAUUCUGCUUGCAGCCUGCCACUUCCUAACCUCCUACAUCCCACUCCCUGAGUGCCCCCAAAAGGACUGCCUGAGCCACAUGCCAUGUUAGAACCCUCUGAACAACUCCCACCCACCCCCUCUAACCCCACAGCCCAUCCCUUAUGGAUCCAUCCUGGGAUCAUGCUGCCAGGAGUGCAUCUGCUCUUCUUUCCUCACCUAGCCCCCAAUACCAGCUUAAGCCUCCUCAGUACUUAAAUCCCCCCACCCCAGACCCCUGAAGUGGCCUGUCCAAGGCAGUGUUCACCCCAUAACUGACAUCAAGCCUUCUGACUCCCCCAAAAUGCUGCUUUCUCAUCCCUAGUUUGCUAGUUUCAAACAGCCCAGCUGAGGCUAUAGAAACUGGAAUUCUCCCCCCUCCCAUUAAACCUGAUUCCUGGUGCCCCAACUAGCCUGUUGCCGUACCCCUUGCUGUCAGUCCUGACCGUCUCUUCCCUCCCCCACAUGACGUACCCUAGUCUAUGGAGCCCCGAAUUGAACUAGCCAGAACUGGGCCCUGACAGGAUAGCUCCUGAGCUCCAUGCCCUGGGCUCCAGUCCUUAGCCUCACAAGAGAGUUGCUGUCCUGCAGUCUCUGCCUCUCCUUUCACUGCUGUCAGCAGCCAGCAGUGCUUGCAGGGCUCCCACAGGUGAGGCAUUUGCAGCGUUGAGACAUUUAGACAGAAUGGAUUCUGCUGCCUCCUACCAUAUGGUGCAGCUGUAAAACCCCAGAGUGCUGCAUUCUCUCUGGCUAACGAGGAGCAUUGCGGAGCCAGCAGCUUUGGGGUUCAGAUGUGUUUUCAUGCACCCCUCUUUUUGUCUUGAAGUUAAUCUAUAUUUAAAUUGCCCCCUCUGCUCCCCAGGCCAACCAGAAAUCAAAGCAACCCUCGAAUGCAGGCAUUCUCAGUGGGCUAAGGAAGGAGCUAUUGGUGCUGUAUGCUCCUGUCAGAGGCAGCCCUGGAGUCGAGCCAUUGCACAGCUAAUCUCCAGAGUCCCUUUUCCUGUUGCCUUGGUAUGUUGGGGCUGGUCCCGUGUUCAAAUGGCUCUUGUCUGCCUGGGUCCGAGGGAGGCCAGAGCUGAGUAGACAUCUUGCUGUUAACAUGAACACCCACCACAACACUUAGUGCAGGUUCAUGGAAGCGAGUUCCUUAUGAUUUGGGUGGGGUGGGUUUGUUGUUAAUGGUAAGGACAGGCUUUAGUCCUCUGCUGUGGGUGGAAUACAGAGAUUCUGCCUGUUGGUGGCAUUGCUAGAGGUGAGUAUUUUCUGACUUAAUCUCCUCGGGGCAGGAAGAGUCUAGGCCAGUCUAGCUUAGCUGGAAGAGACUGAGUUGAUUUCUGUUUUGAGUCCUGGGUGUCGCAUCUGCUCCCAAGCGCAGCAGGGCGAGGGACAACCCUCAGCGCAGGAAAGAGUGGCAUGCAUUGCUCAGCACCCGCGUGACCUUUGCAGCUGGGUAGCAGUGUUGACUCUCUGCAGCGGCAACCCAUCUGGAGAGGGUAUGAAGUGAGGGGUGGGUUGAGGGGAAAGAUCGAGGGGGCUGUCUGGAGCUGGGGGACAACCGCAUGGCCGUGAUGGGGUGAAAUGUGAUGAGAGUCUGGGUCAGGGAUGGUGGUGGAGGACGCACACACAUACACAGUGGCGGAUUGUGGGAGAGACAUGGGGACCAGCAGAACAGCUGGGAUCAGGUGGUGAUUGUGGUCUCCACAAGGACCUAUCCAGCCGGGGGGGUUGCUUUACAGAGUAGGUUUGAGGGCCUGGGAGUGAUUUCAUGAGACAUUUUUUAACUGCAUCUCCCCUCCCCAGCCUGCCACCUCUGCCUUCUCCAACCCCAGGACAGUUGUUUGUUCACAGAUGUGUAUCUAGUCUGCUCGUUGUGGUUUUGAUUAUUGUAAUAACUGUUAGGAAGCCGUGGAGUUGUCUAUAUAUUUUUUUAACUGAAAAAUAAAAUGUCCCACAA